AUGGUGUCUAAUACUUUGCCGGAACAUGAAUCCAAUACCAGUCUACAUGAUAUGGAGAAAAAGCAAUUGGCUGAUCAGUUAGGUGAUAUUCAUUACAAGAUUCUCCCCAUUAAAAAACUUUUAAUUUGUUUAUUUUCAUUAUCUUUAGCAUUAUUUUUAUCUUUUGUUGAUCAGACUAGUGUAACAAUAGCAUUAGCCACUAUAGGCAAAGAUUUGAAUGCAGAAACAACAAUCAAUUGGGCUCCCACGGCAUCAUUAUUGGCAAAUUGUAUAUGUCAAGUAUUAUUUGGAAGAUUAUCUGAUAUUUUCGGCAGGAAAGUCAUGUUAAUAACUUGUUUAAUUUGUUUAUCAUUAGGAGAAUUAAUUUGCAGCUUUGCUAAAAGUGGAGUUGAAUUCUUUGUCUUUAGAGCAUUAACUGGAUUAAGUUGUGGUGGUAUCCAAAGUCUUUGUAUGGUGAUACUAAGUGAUGUUGUCACUUUGAAACAAAGAGGUAAAUACCAAGGGAUAUUGGGUGCUAGUGUAGGGUUAGGAAAUUCCAUUGGGCCAUUUAUGAUGGCAGCAUUUAUUGAACAUAACACAUGGAGAAAUUUCUAUCGUAUGAUGUGUCCCAUAAAUAUUCUUGCAUUUGUUAUUAUUGCAAUUUUCAUUGAUACAAAGCAACAAACCAAGCAAUUGAAUCAAUUGUUAAGUAAAUCAGAACAAUUUAAAAAAUUGGAUUAUUUGGGGAUGUUAAUUGGUUGCUCUGGUUUGACUUUAUUGUUGGUAUCUAUUAGUAGUGGUGGAUCAACUUAUAAUUGGAAUAGUGCCCCUGUUAUUUCUAUGUUUGUCAUUGGGGGUAUCCUUUUGAUUACAUUUUUAUUUGUUGAAUGGAAAGUUCCUGAAUUGCCCAUGAUACCACUUAACCUAUUUUCUAGAUUUUCGUUGGGGUUGAUUUUGGGUUCAAACUUUUUCUUUGGAAUGGCAUACUAUGGAUUUACAUUUUAUAUUGCCUAUUAUUAUCAAAUCGUUCUUGGAUUAGAUUCUAUUCAUUCAGCGAUUUUGAUGUUGCCCUUAGUGAUUCCUCAAUCAGUUGUUUCGGCGAUAGCAGGACAAAUAAUAAGUUAUACUGGACAUUACAUCUACGUUAUUAUAUUUGGAUAUUCACUUUGGACUUUAUCGUGUGGAUUGACGUUAUUAUUUGAUUCAAACACUAAUUAUGGUGUUAUUACCGUGGUGUUACUAUUAAUGGGAACUGGAGUAGCAUGUACUUUCCAACCAACAAUGGUGGCUGCACAAAGCCAAGCAAAAAAAUCAGAAAGAGCAGUUGUAAUAAGUUGUCGAAAUGUCAUUAGAUCUUUGGGUGGUGCUGUUGGUUUAGCGGUGGCUUCAUUAAUUAUUACCAAUAGUUUGUUGAAGGAAAUUACCAAACAAGAAAACCGCCAAGACAUAUCUUCAACUUCGUCGGUGCCAACAGGGUAUUUAAUGUAUUUGAAAACUCAUGUUUAUUCCAAAGUCGAUACAACUCAAUUGACGGCCGAUCAAGUAUUGAUUGUCAGGCAAAUGUACAUGCAAGCCAUUCGUAAUUUCUUUUAUUUGACAAUACCCUUGUUGGCAUUGUGUUUGAUUAGCAGCUUAUUUGUCAAAGAUAAAGGACUCCAGUGUAUAGAUGAAGAACCUGAAAAAGAGGAAAAGGAGUUGCAAUAA